AUGUGCAUGUGUAUAAAAGCGUCGCAUGCACAACCCUCAGCGUUCACAGCGAGUCAGAGCCACCGAAGGUACUCACGCAACAUGAAGGUCAUAAUCGUAGCAGCUCUCCUGGUGGUGUGCAAAGGAGCGUUUGGUGGUGUUCUGCCUGUAGCUGCACCGUACGCCUAUGCACAUCCUUUAGCUUAUUCAGCACCCUAUGCGGUUGCUCGGCCAGCUAUUGCACACCAUGUCGCAGCGCCAUUGGUCGGUGCCGUCGCCAAGGUGGCAGCACCUGUCGACGAAUACGAUCCCAAUCCCCAGUACUCCUUCGCUUAUGACAUUCAGGAUGCUCUUACCGUGCUUACGGUCACGAUGGCUCCCAAACGGGCAUUGUGGUCAGAAGACGAUCUGAUCGCAGCUGUUAGAGCAGUACAAAGAGGAACUUUGAGUACGUAUAAGGCUGCAGAGAGAUAUAAGGUUCCUAGAAGAACAAUCAGGAAUCAUCUGCAGUCUGGCAGUUUAAAGAAAAGUUUGGGACGUAAACCUAUAUUAAAUGAUGAAGAGGAAGCUCAACUUGUGCAAAGGAUAAUCCGGUAUUCUGAAAUGGGCUUGCCGGUGACACCAAGAAUAUUGCGUCGAUUGGUAUAUAAAUAUUGUGAGCAAAAUAAUAUAAAACACAAUUUUAAUGAUGAGGGCAAACGCGCAGGCAAAGAUUGGUUCAAAGCGUUCAUGAAAAGACACCAUGAAAUAUCCGUAAGAAAAGCGCAAUUCAUGAACCCAGCUAGAGCUCAAAAGCUAAAUAAAUUUAUCGUUGAUGACCAUUUUAAAAAACUGAGAGAUAUCUACAAUAAAUUUGACUUAUAUGAUCAUCCCGAGAAAAUUUAUAAUAUGGAUGAGAAAGGAUGCCGUCUCACUAUCCACCACCAGCAAAGUGUUUUGGCCAAAAAAGGGGCUAAAAGGGUUCAUUUGCAGGCUUCUGAGCAUGCUGAAAGCGUUACCAUCGCAGGAUGUGUUAAUGCUCUUGGCACAACCAUACCACCUAUGGUCAUAUUUAAGGGAAAACGUUUGAAACCAGAAUUGUACGAUAAUUUGCCUCAAGGAUCUUUAGUAGAAAAAUCAGCAAAGGGGUAUAUGACCAAUGAACUUUUCAAAAUAUUUUUAAAACACUUGUCUAGAUACAAAAGCCAGGGACCAUGCCUUUUGAUAUUCGAUGGAGCAGCAUGUCAAUUAGAUCUUUCCAUAGUCGAUAUAUCCGAUUCACUUGGCAUUAAUUUGUACUGCCUACCUUCAAACACAACCCAUGAAUUACAGCCCCUCGACAAAGCCGUAUAUCGAUCAUUCGAGCACCACUGGGAUGCUGAAUUGUUAUCAUUUUUGGACCAAAACAGAGAUAAAAAACUCACUAAAGCACGCUUUAACAUCAUUCUUUCAAGCGUUUGGUCUAAAUGUAUGACACACAGCAAUUUCACGAGUGGCUUUAAAGCGACUGGCUUGUACCCCUUCAACCCACAGGCCAUACCAGAAACAGCUUUUGCCCCUUCCAUUUUAACGGAAGCUCCUGCACCAGAUGGUGCACAAGAAAACGCACCAGCUCUCGAACAUCCUCAUGCACAAGCUUCAGAAUCCGGAGAUACAACACCGUCUAUUUUAUCGGAAGCCCCAACGCCAAGAGAAACGCCAAGAUGA